AUGCAUUUCGUGGUGAUCGAGAUCCCACCCAUACAAUCAUCAGCCAUAAAUAUAUUUAACAGUGAAAAUAUAUUUUCGACAUCAACAACGACAAAAACGGAAAAAGUUUUCUCAAUAUCGAGGUGUUUAAACGAAUUUACUAAUUGUAACGAUACAAUUGAUGAUUCUCAAGUAAGUGAUACCAAAGAAGAUGUUCUUCAAGAAGUCGAAAGAGGAAAUUUAUCGAGGAAUUCAAGAACUUCCGGUAUAAAACGUAAACAACGUAGAUAUAGAACGACAUUUAGUAAUUAUCAAUUGGAUGAAUUAGAAAGAGCUUUUCGUGAAACUCAUUAUCCUGAUGUUUUUUUUAGAGAAGAAUUAGCACUUAGAAUUGAUUUGACAGAAGCAAGAGUACAGAAUCUUUUAUCCUUUGGGGGUUGGGAUGGGGUCGAAAUAAAAAAAAAAGGUUUGGUUUCAAAAUCGAAGAGCAAAAUGGAGAAAACAAGAAAAACUUUAUGGAAAUUUUACAACAAAUUUUUAUCAACAACAUCAUACAUUAGAAACUAA